AUUGAAGCACAGGCAGCAUUGCACCUGUUAGAUAAUCGACAUCAGGGCAGAUUUCCUCUGGCGCCUGGAGACGACUAUGUCUUCCAAGCUGGAGAUGCAUGUGGACACAACAUCAUUAUCGCAACGCUGCCUGCCGGAGAAGUGUACGGUACAAGAUCUGCUGCUGCUCUCGCGACCCAGGUCAAGAGAUUUUUCCCAAAUCUUUGGUUCGGCUUAUUAGUUGGCGUCGCAGCUGGUCUUCCGAACCUCUUGCGAAGCCCCCCACUAGAUAUUCGUCUUGGCGAUGUCCUCGUGGGGUUAACAGUAGGCGACAAUGCUGGUCUAAUAGAUUAUGAAUUGGGUAAAGAAACGGGAACAAAUGGAUUUCAGCUCCUUCGUGCUGGCCAUGCGUUGGCGAAAACAGAAACUGUCGUCAGGUCUGCCAUUGGCAGUAUCAAGCUUCGGGCGCCGAACGACUCAAACGAUAUCUUGCAUCCUGUCGUACGGGAACAAAGACCACAUUCGAAGCGCAAUCGUGUGUGGUAUGGGUCGAUAGGCUCAGGUGACAAAUUGAUGAAAAACGCCCAGAAACGGAACGAGUUGAGAGACAAGUAUAACAUCAUUGGCCUCGAGAUGGAGGCGGCUGGGACGAUGGACCAAAUUCCUGUUGGUGUCAUUCGAGGGGUUUGUGACUAUGGCGACGAACAUAAAAAUGAUGAGUGGCAACCAUAUGCUGCUGCAAUGGCUGCUUGUUACGCCAGGGCAGUUCUGGCAGAAAUACGACCCAACAAUGACCGCCCUCUGGACAGGGCAGUUAAGCGCAAAGUUGACGAACAAUAUUUUGAAUCUGCGUCCGACGAUGAAUGUAGGAAGCGCCAACGUCCUUAUAUGGAAAAGGAGCAGCCCGUUAUCGAAAUGAUGGACGACACGGUCAGGCAGUCAUUACUAGAACAGCUCUAUUUUGACAAGAUUGACGAGCGCCUAAUGAACCUGACAGCAGCUCAAGGGAAAACCUGCUGUUGGUUCCUUGCUAAGCCCGAGUAUAUAUCCUGGAACGACUCAUCACUACAUCCUGAUCAUGGCGGCUUUCUCUGGAUCAAAGGCCAUCCCGGUACCGGGAAGUCAACCCUUAUGAAAUUUCUUUUUGAAACGGCCAAACUUAAUGCAAACAGCAAUUCAUCGCAAAUCAUACUAUCAUUCUUCUUCCUUGCGCGAGGUACGAUUGAAGAAAAGUCGACGGCCGGUCUUUAUCGCUCUCUUCUGCAUCAGCUCUUUCAGAAGGCACCAGACGCGCAAAGCAGCUUAGAGUGGAUGACUGGUAAUGGUGCAAAGGUUAUACAAAGAAAUGGAUGGCAUGAAAAAGCAUUAAAGCAGACACUCGCACAUGCUAUCCAGAAACUGGGAAUUCGGUCUCUAAUGAUAUUUGUCGAUGCGCUGGAUGAGUGUAAUAAAGAUCAAGUCGCAGAUAUGGUAUGCUUUUUUGAGGAAUUAUGUGAGAGAGCGCAGGAGUCACGAGUUCGACUACAAGUUUGCUUUUCAAGUCGACAUUAUCCAACUGUUGUCAUCCAAAAAGGUAUCGAGGUCAUUCUCGAAAAUGAAAUCGGCCAUACCGAGGAUAUUGAAUAUUACAUUAAGUCUAAACUCAGGCUAGGAAAGUCGAGUCAAGCCAUCUCAUUGCGAUCCGAAAUUCUCAACAAAUCUUCCAACAUUUUCCUCUGGGUUGUGUUGGUUCUUGAUAUUCUUAAUAAAGAAUACCCAAACAGCUCUAUAUCCAUCAAGAAAAUUCGCAAUCGUCUGAGAGAAAUUCCACCAGAAUUGAACGACUUAUUUGAAAUGAUUCUUACGAGAGAUGGCGAGAACCUUGAUCGGCUACAUUUUUGUCUGAAAUGGAUCCUCUUUGCGAAUCGCCCUUUAAAACCGCAAGAGUUCUAUUUUGCUGUUCAGUUUAGUUGCGACAAAGAGUGCACAGGGUAUUGGGACCGAGAUGAUGUGGAAGAAGAGGAGAUGAAGACUUUCGUGAGAAGCUCUUCUAAAGGCUUAGCUGAAGUCACACGAAACAAAGCUUCGGAAGUCCAAUUCAUUCACGAAUCUGUUAGGGAUUUCUUAUUGAGAAAAUAUGAAACCCAAUGGUUGGAAACUCCUGGUAACUUCAUGGGUAAUAGCCACAAACUUCUGAGGGAUUGUUGCUUGGUUCAGCUGAACAACUUGAGGCCUCAAGACCUCGGCAUAAUAGACCAUCUGCCGAAUGCUUCUGAAGCAUCCCGGCUACGGGAUACAAUCAAGUCUAAUUAUCCGUUUCUUGAGUAUUCAGUAAUCAAUGGCCUGCAUCAUGCUAAUGGUGCUCAACAACAUGGUAUAGAUCAGGGACCCUUUCUCGUCGAUUUUCCUCUUGAAAAGUGGAUACUUUUUAACAAUGCCAUUGAGCAAUUUCAAAUUCGACGAUAUACAUCAGCCAGCCUCCUUUAUAUUCUUGCAGAGAGAAAUCUUGUUGAAUUAAUUUGGAUCCACCCCCGGAAACUUUCUUUUUUUGACGUUGAGAUGGAAGUUGAACGCUAUGGCACACCAAUAUUCGCGGGCAUGGCUACCAAUAGUCGCGAGGUAGUUUAUGCGUUCUUGAAAAUCUUCGCGGCAACUUUAUCAGCAGCAUCACCGCUUCACAGCCUUUGCGAAGUGUAUCGUCGAAGUAAAACCAAUUCAAGAACAUUCGGUCGUAAUUUUGCUUUCUCAAGAAAGAAAGGCAUCCUGGAAUAUCUACAAGAAGAAGGAAAUGAAGCACUAAUCUUUGCUUUUCUUACUUUAAGAAAGUUACUAUUACUUACACAAGAUGGAGUUGACCUAGACAGCAAGGAUAAGGAAGGCCGGACGCCUCUGUCGCGGGCUGCUGCGAAUGGCCACGAGGCUGUUAUUAAGCUAUUACUCACGAAAAACGUUGAAGUGAGCUGCAAAGAUGCUAUUGGUCGGACGCCGCUGUCGUGGGCUGCUGGGAAUGGCCAUGAGUCUGUCACUAAGCUAUUACUUACACAAAAUGGAGUUGACCUAGACAGCAAGGAUAUGGAAAGCCGGACGCCGUUAUCGUGGGCUGCUGAGAAUAGCCGUGCAGCUAUUAUUAAGCUA